AAGAGGUUGUUUGCUUCAGAAGCACGGUGAGAAAGCCAUCUUUGCUAACGACUGAACGAGAGAAACAAGGCUAAAUCAUCAAGCAACAAGCAAUGUCAGCUCCAAAUCCUUUCCAGGGUGUCAGUUCUGCUUCCAGUCCAGGAGUUCCCCCUCAGAGCAACAUGACCAGCAAUCGAAGACUGCAGCAGACCCAGGCUCAAGUGAAUGAGGUGGUGGACAUCAUGAGGGUCAACGUAGACAAAGUACUAGAAAGAGAUCAGAAGCUUUCAGAACUUGAUAACCGAGCAGAUGCUUUGCAAGCAGGGGCCUCACAAUUUGAAACCAAUGCAGCUAAGCUGAAGAGGAAAUACUGGUGGAAAAACUGUAAGAUGAUGAUUAUCCUGGGUGUAUUAUGUACAAUCAUUCUUAUCAUAAUUAUAAUUUAUUUCUGCACCUGAAAUACUAAGAACAAAUGGAUUGAUGUGGCUACACUCAACUUUACUGAUAAUUCCACAAAUGAAAUUGAAACUUUAUUUUUAUGUCUUGGGAUUGGUUGCUUGCAACAAUGUGUAAAGAUUGUUUGUUCAGGGUUCAGUUUUCAUGGGUUUGUUUUGCUUUUGUUGGGGGUAUGUGCUGUUCCUAGAAAAAUGGUGUGCCAGUUAAAAUAUUGCCAACUAGUUUCAUACAUCGAUCUCUUGCUGUGUCUUAAAAUAUGAGAAUGGUGAUCUUUAAAAAUGUGCAUUCUUGACAGCUAUUUCAUCUGAAUGAAAAAAAUCACCAGAUAAAAAUAAAAUGGAUGGUGCAAAUGGGCUUUGACUGAAAGAAUAUUAAAUAAUGGCAAGUUGUUUGUAAAAUUAGGUACCUUUACACCAUAAAAACCACCUCAGAUUUAUAAGAGCUGAUCUUUAUAACAGCAGUUUAAAACAGAUUCAAAGCAAUUCUAGGGCUAUGAUAAUCCUGUGAUAGGAGUCACGCGUAAGGAAGAAAGAACAAACCUUGUACUCUCCCCAUUCUCCAAGCUGAAUACAAAUAAUAAUUAUAAAACUUACAACAGAUUUUUUUAAGAGUUCACAAUAUCUUGCAAUAUUCCAAGAUAUGGGUGGGUUGGGAAACAAAAUUAAAUCCAGUAAUAUCCAGGGCAGACAUAAUUAACUUUUGAAGCAGCAUGAGAGUUCAUGACUGGGUUCCUAAGGUCACUCAACAGUAUUUACAUGUAAGCAAAGACUUGAUUUAUCCCUGUCCACAUCUUCCAUUAGACCUGUGGUCAGCAUGUGAUAUUCUUGAGUAGCUACUGAAGCUUUAGUGCCUAGUCAGAACUCACCACUGACACCUGUCCUGCUCCUAUAUUAUUUUUCUGGCAUUCAGUAUUAGAUACCUAACAGUGGUGCAGUGGUGGGUUUCAAAAU